UUGAGUCUCGCGAGAAUUUCGGUACGGAACGAGAACUGAGAUUAAUAGAAAUGGCGUCUCUGGAAACUUCAGAACAGGAGAAGGGAAUGAAAAUAUUUCUCGAUGUGUUCAGAAGAGCUGACAAAAAUGAUGAUGGGUUUAUCUCAUGGGAAGAGUUCAUUUCCUACUUUGCUGAUGGUGUGGUAGGAAAAGAAGAAUUGGAGUCUCUUUUCAAUGAAAUAGACACUCACAACACACAUAACAUUGACACAGGAGAGCUGUGUGCCUACUUUUCACAACACCUUGGCGAGUUUAAAGAAGUUUUUGGCAUGCUGGAAGAUCUGAACAAAAGCAUUACUGAUGUUCUCUUUUCCAUUUCAAAGGCUCAUGAUGCUGCUGAUCACAGAAAAAAAUUUGUGACAAGGUUUUUGCUGCAAGAAGUCAUCAGUCAAAUAUCUGCUCUUCAGAGGCCUCUGGAAGCUGCUUCUGAGAGUGUGGAUAAUAAAGCUCGAGCAGAGAUGGGAGAAGGUGUUGCACCUCUUAAGCCAGAAGAUCUGUUGAAAAAAGGGGAUGGACCUAGCGUAAUUCCUGGUCGAGUUGUCCGCCGAGCAAAGCGACAAGUCAGCUCCCAGAGUGCGAGUUCAGAUGUCAGUGAACUGGUUGAGAAAGGUAUAAGCCCUGCAUUGAGUGCCCAGGUGGAAAGACUAGCCAGCCUCAUUGAACAUCUGGAAACAAAGAUUAACUUUGAUGGAUUCAGAGAUGAAGAAGUAAUUCCAGGAGAGGAUACAACGUUGCUGCUGGUACAGAGAGAGUUUGUUUCCAAGGAAAACAAAAUAGAGGAAUUCCGUGCACAGCUUCGCAGUUACGUAGAUGUGACUCAAGGAUUCAAUGGUUGUUUAAAUAUCAGUGUUCGAGACCUGAGAGCAACAAACACAUUUUCUGUCUAUGAGAUCUGGUCCACUGAAGAACUAUAUAUUCAGAAUUGUGACAGUGCAGCAACCAAGACACUGUAUCAGACAUCAGCUGAACUUCUGGAAAGGCCAGAAACAGUUCAUUCCAUGAAGAUUCCAAUUACUUGGUGGAGAGGACAGGCUUGAGGAUUAGAGUCGACAUGGCCUUCAGGAGAUAACGGAAAGUUGUUAAAGAAUUCACAAAAAAAGCUUUAUAAGACCUUUAAUGUACAGAUGCUUUUACAUUUGCAUUUUGGAAUAUGUUUUAUGCUUACUUGAAUAGUAAUCAAUAUGCAUUACGAUUUUUUGCUCGACAAAAAAAUGGUUUUGUGGUAAAUUUCUGAAACUUUUUGAACGAUGGACAAUACAUUCUUGCACAAAUUUCUGCAGAAAACAACAAACACUUUACUGCAAGAGUUUAAAUAUAAGGAGUACAUCUUGGUUAAAAAAAAAAACAAACGUGUACAUAUACAACACUACAGGUAUUACAUUUUUAGCCUCAACUAUUGACAAAAAAAAUAUCAAAAUGGAAUCGUAAAUUUUUGAAGUCUUUUUGAAACUACUUCAUUUCUGUUUUCAUGCCCACAUAAAAGCUGCAUAAUACUAAUAAACGUGUACAGGAUGAAUUUAGACAAUCUUCCAAAAUUUUCAAACUAAAGACAAAUUUUGUGUGAUUAUCAUUGAGUUUUUUAAAAUAAAACCUUUGAAUUUGUCCUCCCACCAAAGAUUAUUAACUCUUAAUGUUUUAACAGUUGCAAUAGUCGCAUGUGUGUUGCAUGUGGUUGAGCAUUUUAGUGGUGACUUAUUUGUGAUGAUAUUUCAGGACCACUCAUUGUUUUGUGUCGCUUUUCAUUGAUGACAUUUGAAUUUAAGUCUUGUCUUGCUGGAAAUAUUGCACAUACCUAUAAUUGUUACUGCUGUUUAUAUUGUUGCAGAAGUUAUCAUAAUAGCUCAAACCUCUGUUGUCAGUUAGAUCAACACUGAGUGUUGAAAAAAUUUAAACAUUAAUUGGCCAUCUGUACAUAUUUCCUUACCCUGUGUGGGAAAAAAUAUGAAUAUAGUUGUUAUUUCAUCAAAAGCAAUUGCAGCAGACCCUCUCUUUGCUUUUGUAUGUCAUUUGGAGAUCUCUGUCAUGUGCUGCAAGAUAUAUGCAAAUAAAUUUAGUUUGUGCUGAGGGUGGUCUGGUGAAGCAAAGGUUAGCACCUGUCACCAAUACAGUGAGGGUUGGCUUUCGUAGGUUCAGAUCUUCGUCAUGAGUAUGGUGUUUUUUUCUCUGUACGUGACAUCUGCUUACAGGGCUGGCUGGAUGGCAUGCCUUAGUUGCUGGCUCUUCCUAAAAUACCAAUGAUCCUCCCCCUCUUCCCUUUAUUUCUUGCUGAUUGCAAAUUUGCACUAUUAGUCUUAUCACCCCUAGCUAUAACCCCUAACCCGUGAACAUUUGCUCCAUAUUGUCAUGUUGAUUUGCAGUUGUGUAUAGCAGUAAGAUUUUUUAAAGUUUAGUCCUUGUUGCUCCUCGAGGAGCAUAGGGCCGCGUGUAUCGCAGUGUACAGCUCUAUUGAUUGGUCUUGACCCUCAUAGACUUUAGUGCUGUUUCAAUGGUAAUGAGAAACAGCAUAUAUACAUGAUAUGUGAAUCAUAUGUCUUUUUGUUCAAAAUUUGUUUGCGCUUUUAAGUCCAUUCCAUAUCACAAACCCCCUUUCCCACUCCACCAGAAAAAUAUAUUAAAUAUAUAAAGAAGAACAGUCAGCUCUACUUGCCAGAAAGUCUGUAAUCCAUUUGAUGAGAGAAGUAAAAGGGUUACUUUGCAUUUUCUGUUAUAUUUUUCAAUUUUGUUUCAAAAUGACCAACUCAUAAUUGUCUUUAUUCCAAAAAAAGAAAACGUUGUGUACAUACUUUACGGUCUAUUGUGAAUUUUUUUUUUAAAGCCUUGAUAUUAAACUUCGAUCCAGACUGUU